UGCCCUUUUAUCCCUUCAUUCUUAAUUAUUAAUUAAUUCUACCAAUUCAACUAAUUAACUCCGAUACAUCCAUCCGAUCCAUCUCUAAUCCUAGCUCUUCCAUUAUCCAUCAGAUCAGAUCCCACAUUUAUAUAUAUCUGAUCUGUAGCUAAUAUAAAUUAAAGAAGCUAGCUAAUUAAGCUAGGUUUGGAGAUCGAUCGAUGAGAUCUGCAGAUUAGAAUAGAAUGGAGUCUGGGGAGAAGAAGAAGGCGGCGGAGGAGAUGGACAAUGACUCUGAUUGUGGGAGUGGGAGGAUGAGUAGGCCUCCCAGUGAAGUUUCCUUGUGCCCCACCGAGGAUGAAGAAGAGUUCACUCCCAUGGGUCCUAAAUGCAGCAUUAAAGAACAUCUUGAAAAGGACAAGGAUGAUGAGAGCUUGAGGAGGUGGAAAGAACAGCUUCUUGGGAGCGUUGAUGUCACUGCUGCAGAAGCUCAAGAACCAGAUGUGAAGAUCUUGAGCCUGACCAUCAUUUCUGCUGAAAGAGCUGAUAUAGUUCUUCAAAUGCCGGAGUCUGGAAGUCCCAAAGGAUUGUGGUUUACGUUGAAAGAAGGAAGCAAAUACCGGCUGAGAUUUGAGAUCAAGGUUAGCAAUGAGAUUGUCUGUGGCUUAAGGUACAUCAACACCGUUUGGAAAACCGGCCUCAAAGUUGAUGGAUCAAAGGAGAUGUUGGGAACAUUUAGUCCUCAAGCAGAGCCCUACACUCAUGAGAUGCCAGAAGAGACCACUCCCUCUGGCAUGUUUGCAAGAGGAACAUAUUCAGCAAGAACUAAGUUUAUUGAUGAUGACAAGAAGUGCUAUUUGGAUAUCAACUACACAUUUGACAUUCAGAAAGACUGGGCAGCAACCUCAUAGAAGCUGGAUCUGAUCAUGCAUCCUGAUGAUUAUAUAUAAUCUGUCAGUUCAAUCAAAGUAUCAAUUAUUUUAUUUUAUUUUUAUAUAUAAAAAAAAUCAAUUAUUCAAUCUUGAUUUUGGAGAAGAAAAGGAGGAUUAAUGGA